ACUCCUCGGCAAAAUCCCUGCCGUUUGCCCGUGCCCGCCCCGCCGCCGUCCGCCGCUGCCGCCGCCUAUGCCCAUCCGCCCCUCGCUACCGCGCCGCUGUCCCUUUGACCGCAGGCUCACCUCCUUCCUAUCCGCUGUCACCUCCCUCGCCGACGCCCGCUCGCCCCCAGCCUCGCCGCCGGCCGGCGCAGUGCCUGCAGCUCUCACCCCCACCGCUUACAACGCCCUUAUGUCCGCCUACUCCCGCGCCGGCCGCCACGACGAGGUUCUCCGCCUCUUCCGCUCCCUUCCUUUCUCGCCUACGGCGCCACUCUUCACCACGCUUAUCUCCUCCCUCGCUGCCUCCGGCAGCAAAAGCGCCGCGUUGGACGCCUUCUCCCUCCUUGCUUCCGGCCUCGGACCCACCACCUCCGCCUUCACCGCGCUGCUUAAGUCCAUCGACGCUGCCCCAUCCGAGUCAGUGUACCGCGCCUUCUUCGGAACCAUGGCCGCCAUGGGGUGCGCCCCUGACGCUGCCACGUACAACUGCCUCAUUUGGAUGCUCUGCGAUUCCCAGCGGUUGGACGAGGCAUGGGGCGUCCUUGACAGCAUGCUAGAGGAAGGCAUCUGCCCCACCGUCCGCUCCUACACCGCGAUACUGCACGGGUACUGUAAGCAGGGCAGGGUCCUCGAGGCAGAGAGGUUAGUUGAUACCAUGAUCCAAGUCGGGUGCGCACCGGAUGUCAUCUCAUACAGUGUGCUCAUCCAGGGGCUUUGUCGUGUAGGGGAAUUCGGCAAGGUGGAACGAAUUUUAGGGGAGAGUGAGGCAAAGGGGUGGACGCCGAAUGCUGUUACCUAUAAUAUUUACAUGUCUGCCCUGUGCAGAAUGGGUUUCUUGGAUGAGGCAUUCCGGCAAGUAGAUGUUAUGCUUAGCAGAGGAGUGUCCAUGACCAUUGAGACAGUGAAUAUUCUCUUCGAUUGCUUGUGCCGUGAUUCAAUGUUUUCAGAAGCAGUAUCCUUGCUGGAAUACAGCGAAGAGCUCAACUGGAAUGUUGAUGUGUUCUGCUAUAACACUCUGAUGAGUAGGCUCUGCGACGCUGGUGAUUUUGCUAGAGUCCUGAAGCUGUUGGUUGAUCUUGUAAAGAAGGGAAUUGGGCCAGAUAUGUUUAGUUUCACUAUUGCAAUCCGGAGCCUCUGCCGGGCUGGGAAAUUCAAGGUGGCAAAAUGCCUAUUGGAUAAUAAGGGAAUUGAAUAUGAUGCCGUGGCAUUCAAUACUUUGAUUCAUGGUUUGUGCAUGGCUGGAGAUCUACAUGAAAUGUUGCAAACUUAUAUGGAUAUGACCAGUAGAAAUGUUUCUCCAAACAACUUUACCAUUGGUAUGGUAAUUAACAGUUUCUGCAAAGUGCAAGAGUUUGGUGCAGCAAUCGAAGUUUUUCUUGAAUAUUCAGAAGGAUGCUUGGUUCCUGAUCAUUUUUUUCGCCUGAAUAAUUGGUUGGUAAAAGCAAAAAGAUGGAAAUAUGUACUGACCCUGCUCCGUGCAAUGCGUUCUAAAGGUCUUGUGCUAGAUGUUUGCUUAUUUAAUUCGAUGGUUAGGAUUUUUUGCUGGGAGGGGUACUGUAAGCGUGAGACUUUCUAUGAAGUUUCUCUUAUACUUGACUGUAUGCUGGAAUGUCUCCAGCAAACAGCACAUGUCAGCCAGUAAUGUAGCUGUAUAAUCACACAAAUAUCCAGUUUGCUGUCUGAUCCUCCUUGAGCUAUUCAACUAGCUGUCCAGUAAUACAUUGAACUACUCAACCUUCACCAGGUUAGGAGGAACUAAGCUAUGGCUACCAUGAACCAUUUUACGUGGCACAAAGAUUCAAGCAGUCCAAACAAGAUUAUUGUGAUGAGCCUAAAGAUCUCAGAAAGGCUGUGUCAGAUGAGCACAAGAGGUUUCUACAUGACUUGGUUUGGAUACAUGAAGAGGUUAUGGUUUUAUGACAGGAAAAGGUGCCGAUUGAUACAGAUGAAGGAGAAAUCAUCUGCAAUCUGAUUUCAGUCCAUGCUGGCCUAGAGAGGACCAUAGAUUUGAAUGAGCAGCUUAGAGUUUUGAGAACUAGAGACACAAGGGUGCCAAAGGUUCAAAUGUUUAGUGGGCGGCAAGAUGUUUGGGACACACCCAAGGAUCUGACUGGCAAGCAGACUGUCAUUGUAAGUGGCCACCACGGGAAGCUCCACAUCGGCAGUCUCCGAUUCAAUGGUGGUUAUGAAGACUAACCUAUUGCUGCAAUCGUUUUUCCUUCAAAGAUAUUGAUAAGUACCGAGGAAGCGGGAACCACAUCAGAGAGCUGAUCUAGAUAUCGUCAGGGCUCAGGAGCAAUGAGCACGGAGAUUUGGGAGGGACGGGCAUGUGCACGGUGCAGGCUCGCUUGCCAUUUUGCGCCGUGAAAAUUUCUGGCGGCAGAGCAAAGAGCAGCGAAAUAUCAGCUCGGCCGAAUUGACGGUCAGGGAGGAGAGCGCGGCUGGUCCUAGGCCCAUCGUACCCCGGCCGGGCCUUUUCGUCCGUUUGUUUCUGGUACUGUGCGGCGAUCUGGCCGUGCUACGAAAGCAAUCGCCGAUAGGGACUGAAAAAAGUAUAAGACGGUUGCCAUCAUCCCCUACUAGUCAACACCAGUCGACAAGCUAUAGAAAAAUCUCCCUCGUAUCUAGGAUCAACGAGUGAUUAAACUAGGCAUGGGUUGCACGGCUGCACGCUUUCUGGUGUUGGAUGAUAACUAAGGGUGUGUUUAGUUCAAAAAAAAUACAAAAUGCAAAAUGACAACUAUUUUGGAAUGGUGGAAUGCAAAAUACCAAAAUUUUCACGGUCAUGUUUAGUUCCAUCCAAAAUGCAGAAUUUAUUGCUCUUAUGAAAGCCUCUUGAGACUCUUUUUGGUUUUUUUUUUUUGUCUCUUGAGGGCAAAAUCCAAAAUGGAGAAUAAACACCUUUUUACCAAAAGUUUGACAUGGUAUUUAGUUUCAUUUUGCAAAAUGAUUGACCAAAACCUAAAAAUUUUUGAGAAAAAAGGGAGAACUAAACACCCCCUAAUUAAAAUUUGUGCAUUAUUAGGCAAGAUGACUCCAAGAUGACAGUAGUGGUGAGUGAGAUACUGAGAUCUCGUUGCUAUAGAAGUGUCUUGUUUAAAGGAUACAUCAUAAGGUUUGGAUAAUGUUUUUCGUAGCUAAUUUGGACGCGUGGGGAAUGGAAACGGACGGACAUGUGCGUGACCAGCGACAGUGGUAGGUUUUUUUUUUUCAUUUUGGUGAAUCACCCUUGAAGAGCUCCACUAAAAUGAUGAAUUUGGCACCGCUAAAUCUACCAUUCCGGAGAAUCCAGAUGUAGAGUAGACCGUUUGAGUAACCUUUAGAGCAAGUAUUAUAGUAAGCUGUAAGCCGACUAAAUAUUGAGGUGGAGGAGAGAAGAAAUGAUAGAGAGGAGAAGCAGAUUGUAAGCUUACAUCCAGCUUAGGCACAGGAACUAAGAAACUUUAUGAGAGAGAUAAGUGGACCAUGUAUUAAUAGUGAAUAGCUAACUAUUGUA